UUUCUAUUCCUCAUUAGUCAACAUGGCCUUUUCAAGCAUUUUGAUGUAUUCAAACUGAUCCGUCUGAACACAUCAAAAUGUAUUCAUGGCAUAAUGCUUACACCAUCAUUGCACAAAGUCUACUUGGGUUGAAUUCAGUUUGUUUUUAUUCAAUUUUAAAUCCUCCAAAGUUCAAGUUCCAAUGCACUCUGGAUCCAAUGCUUGGAUAUAGAGGCCUUUUCUGUGAGUUUUAUUUGUUGCACUUUAGGUCACGAGUGUUACAACUGAGUAAAAUGUAGAAAAAGCAGGAAGACGGCCAUGUUUGUUUUGUUGUACCUUAUAGUUGAAGGGCGUCUCAUUUCUUAGGGGAACAUUUUAAAACACUACACCGCCUCAUAAUACAUAAAAUACCACUAUAAGCAUUCAUUUAAUGUGUAUUCCAGAAUAUUCUCCGUCUGUAUGUCAAACAGCCGCAUCUCUUCCCCUCCCCCUAUGUUAGCAUAGAUUGGGACGCCCCUCGCUGCUGGGGGAGGGUAGGGCUGAAAUUUUCCUAAUAUUUCCACCAACACCGACAAGAUGGCUGCGCAGGUAAACAAAGAAACUCACAAAUGGACGCCGGAGGAAACCCGAGGUCUGAUCCGGUUUCGAGCAGAAAACGAACACCUCUUCCUCAAGUCCAAAAAAGCUGCUAAACUACUGUGGGAGACUUUAAUCAAGGAGCUGAGCCUGGAAGGGAAGGUGACGUCCCAACAGGUUUCCAAGAAGUGGGAGAAUCUAAAGAAGAAGUACAAGGAUCUGGGAACGCUGAAGGCGGGAUGUGGGACAGAGGGAGAUGUUACCCAGGUGACCUGGCAGUAUUUCGAUGACAUGGAUGAAGUGUUGGGCGGCAGAACGCCUGUGGAGCCUCCUGUUGUCGUCGCUUCCUUUAACGCAGACCCAGACUCCGUAACAAGCUUCGAACUGAAAACGGAAGAGUUUGAGCCGACAGAAGAAGCCGGUUUCUCCUCUGGAACGCCUUCGCCUGUUGCUCCUCCAGACUCCCCGACAUGUUUCCCCAAAAACAAGCGGAGGAGGAAGACGAACCCCUUUCUGGACUUCCUAAUGGAAGAAAGCGCUAAAGAACAGAGGCGACAUGAGGAGAGCGAGGCCAAAAUGGAGCGCUUUCUGAACUUAUUAGAAAAACUUAUUGAAAACAUUUUACCAAAAUGGUUUUUAUUAAUUUGCAUUUCCUCUUGUGAGUUUUACUGUACUUACUAAGGACAUUGUUUAAACCACAGUUAAAAAACAUGUUUUAUUAAUAAUUUUUAAACAAAAAUGAUUCAAUAAUCAUAAAAAAACAGAUGCAUUUUUAUUUUCUCACAUAUUUUACAUGAUACAUACCUGGAAAGUUAUGUAACUUGUUAGUGCUUGUAAAAUAACUUGCUACCUCUAAGUUAAAAAAUAAGUAAAUACAAUUUGUACCUCGCUGCUUUCACCAGGGGAAAGCUGGAAAAAAACAUUAGAAAUCCUGCUGACAGUAGUUGUUGUCCAGCCAUUCAUUGUUAGAACUGAUUACUGCCAGGCUAGCUGGGGUUGCUAGGUAACGGGUUGGGACUGGCUGGCGUUGCUAGGCGACAAGCAGUGCCUGCCGAUUUGUGACAUUCCAGAAGUUUUUGAAAAGGCUUGUUUUCCAGAAACCAAUAUCAGUAAAACAACGGCGUAGUGGGGCUACUGUAGGGAGAGAGAGACAAAAGGAGUAAAUUCCUGCCAGAAAUUUUAGAUUUAGAACAAAUUUAGAACAUUUCAAAUAUCAUAAAAAAGAAAAUUCUCGACUUUUAGAAAUUCUGUCUCAAAACUCAGACUUGACUUUUCAAUCUCAGAAAUGUUCAAGUUUUUUCUAGAAAAUUUUGAGGUUAACAGUAAUUUUUUUUAGUAAAAACUUUGCAAGAAAAACCCCCUAAAAUUUUGAGAUCAAUUUGAAUGUUUUCAACUUAGAAAUUUCCAAUUCUUUAUUUCAAAAUUUCAGAUUAACUCAGAAAUGUUCAUGUUUUUUUUUCACGCAAAUGUGUGAGUUUUUACUUUUUUUCCAAACAAUUUUUGAGAGUAAUGUCAAACUUUCCUGAGGUUUUUGGGACAAAUUUACAAGAUCUUUAGCUCAGAAAUGUUUUGGUUCUUUCUAGAAAAAUUCUCAGAUUAAUCUAAAAAUUUUCUGAAUUUUUGGUGGAAAUUUACUUCCGUUUUUGUCUCAUCUACAAUGACUCUAAUAAGUCAUUGUAGCAGCAGAGACCCAAAUGGAAACACAAAACAUGCUAACUCCAAAGAGGAGGAUGUUUAUUUAUUUACAGUAGAUUCAUUAGUUUAAUUUAGUUUUAGUUAGGGCUGAAAUGAUUAAUUGUGAUUAAUGAAUUAUUGAAGUAAUCAACUAAUUUAGUAAUCGAUUAAUCAUUAACUGAAGUACUCAGAGCAGUUGCUGACAGAACAACACAGUCAGAGGAGUAAUUAAGUUAAAACUGAACAAAAUAUUUAUCCAUUUUGCAUUUAAAAUAAUAAAAUUCUUUGUCUACACAGAAGUCUUCUAGUGGCAGUUUUGGCUUCACCUGAAAAGAAACAAUCUGCUUUUAGGCAGCUUUGACUGUCCAGUAAUUAAUUGGUUAAAAUAGCCAACAAAUGUACUGUAUUUCUAAUGUUAUUUAAAAACAUGAAAAACCGUCUUUUUUUUUAAAUCCUAUGGAUGCGUUAAAAAAA